UUUGGCAUAAAUCUACAUGUGAUUAAAUAAAUUUACCCUAUGGGCCAUUGGCCCUAUACUAAAUAAAAAUAUUUAUCACAAAUACAUAAUUAAUCGGGUAUUAGUCGGGUACCCUAAUACGGGUUUCGGUUACCCUAAACCCGAAAAAUCCUAAUAAUAACUACCCAAACUCGUACCCGAACCCAUGGUAAAAAAAAAAAAAACCGUACCCGAACCCAUAAUUUUGGUUUUCAGGUACCCAAAACCCAUCGGGGUAUUGGGUCGGGAUCGGGUAUACCCGAAACCCGCGGACUAAAUUUGCAGGCGUAGUAGCAAUUGUGCGAUUUAGCCCUCCGAAUUCUUCAAUUUGUUACCGUUGGUGGUUCAAUUUUCGUCGAGGCCACUUCGACUCAACUCCGAUCAGCGUUCGUCGACUUCGAUUCGUAUCUCCCCUGAAUCAAUUCAGAUCGGCGUUCGUCGGCGUCGAUUUGUGUCUCCCCUGUUGGACUCGAUUCCGAGCAGUGUUCGUCGGCUUCCAUUCGUGACUCCCCUGCACAAGACUCAGUUCAGUUCGUCGUUCGUCGGCUGACCAAUUACCGGUGAGUCAUUUUUGAGCUCUGGUUCUAUGAAAUUGGGAGUGAGGAACGGAAAUUGGCCAUCAUCAAAAAGAGGGGUAUUUUAGUCAUGGGCUUUUUUGGUUUCAGGCCUUCCCCAAUUCAACCGAACAAUCGAAAUGGACUAAACACUUUGGUUGGGCUGAACCAAACCCAUGAACUCAUGAAAGCCCAUUUACCAUACAUGCAUGUUAAUUAUUUUCUGAAUAAACGAAUGUUGAGGACACAAACCAAUCUGAAUUUAAACGCUUCUUCGUGAGCUAUUAAACUUAGGAUUGUGAAUUUGUGUUAUGGUAUAAUAGCACUAUGAGGAUGUAAAUGUAUUAGUUGAUCAUUUAUCAUAAUAUGUCAUGUUGCAUUCUCCUAUACUUUUAAGUGUUUUUAGAAUAACCAAUCCCUUAUAGUACUAUAUUAAAAUCGCUCGUCUUCGUGAGUAUUAUUGACAUUUAAUCUAUAUCUAUAUUUUUUAAAUAUAUUGUACUCCAUUUAGUUUAGUUUUCGAAUGAGAAGGUCAAGAGAAGACAAAAUCUUCUUUGAGGUCGACCACACGUCGGACUUAGUACAACCUUAUGAAUAUAUGAUUCUUUUAGUCCAAUCUAUGAUUUGUGAACUUCCUAUAACAAAAUUGGGAAAUUGUAAGAGGUCAAAUUAUAAUGAAUUUCAUAAUUUUAAAAAGUAUCGAUUAUAUCAUAACUUUGAUAAUUUUUUUAAUUAUUUAACAAAAGAAUUCAACAUCCCAUGUAUCUUCAUUUUUUGAUGUGUUUUUUUACUAAAAUGCACAAGGAUAAACUUACAAGGUAAGAAAAUUUGCUUAAUGAGUAUAAAAGUACAUAAAAAACAUUAAGACAUGUCGAACGCCAAAUUUUUUAGCCAUAGGAUAAUUGAGAAAUUUGUAAAAUUUAUAAUAAAAUCUAUUAGUACUUGUUUAAGUGUGCCCCGUUGGCAUGGUGUUGAUGGUCGUACUACAAGAAACUUAUGUUCGAAGGACACGGAAUUAGAGACGCAAUUACUUGCGUUGAUUUUUUAAAUGAUCAAAAUUGAUGGCGCAGAUAAAAAUGUCAUUAAGUUGAGGAUUCAAUUAUUCAUUAUACUUUAAUUUAAUCUAUUGCUUUUUGAAAGGCUUUCAUUUCAUUCCUUACUUUAAGUUGGGACAAUAAGAUUGAAGAUAUUUUUUGAAGUUUUGGUGAUGUUUUUAAAACAUAAAUUAACGUUUUUAAUUAAUUAAAAAUGGUGACAUGACCAACUCAUAACUAAAUAGGAAGUACUUAACUCACUAAAAAAUAGUACAGUACAUGAUUUACUGACCAAAAAACAGAGGAUUGAUAUUUAUCGUUACUUACCUACAGAGAUGUCUAAGCAAAACAUCAAAUUAAAGUGCUCUUUCUCUCUUUAUCUAUACACUAUUAAUCUAUUAUCAAGUUAAUGUUUCUCCACUAAUAGUUGGGGUGAAAUACAUACAUGUUCCUGCAUGAUGAGAGUGUGACAUGUUCCAACUAACUAAACAACUAGGAAAUGCAAUUAUCAGUUAUUGUGCCACUAUUUACCAACAUGAAUGUAACUAAUUAAAUCCAUUUCUAGAACUAUGGACCAAACCAAUUUAGUAUAAGUAAACUAAAUUUAGUUCAUGCUUAAUCAGUCAUAGAUUCAAAUUCAUGGUCCAAUUUUUUUGGUUUCAAUGAGGCGAAGUCUUCUCGUGGACUACUGGCAUGGGGUAGACUGAAAAAUGAAAUUUUUUUGCCAAGAAUUUAGACCCUGACUAAGUCAUUAUAUUUCUGAAGUUUCUUCCACUCACCGUGUUCAACACAUGCAUAAACACUUUGAAUUUUUUCAUUUUCCAUAUUCUUGAUUUCCUUCUUGUUUACAUUCAUAUAUAUACCCCACAUCCACUUGCACCAAAAUCCCAUCAAAACAAAACAUUACUAUUACUAGUUUUUGAAGGUAAAAAAAUGGAGGAAAAUCUGAUAUUAUAUGGGUGUAAAUUGGCAAAAGAGAUGGAACAGAGUCUUCCAAUGCUGGCCAAUCAGCCUGAAGCUCUUCUUGCCUCUUGUGAAGAAAUAAUUAACAUAUUUAACGGCGUUAAGGAGAGACUUAUCGUGUCUCGAGCGAAUUCGAUGAGUUUUCCCGGUCGCAGCGGCCCUGGUGGCACUAGCGCGACUCGUGAGCCGUUGGAUUUGAUCAAUGCCCAGACGAUGCUCGGUGACCGGAGCAAGCUCAACGAGUACAUGCCGAGUCUGGAUUUUAUGUUUGGCGGUGGAAGGGACGUUGGCAGGGCUGGACCAGUCGGGGGCGAGGUCCAGCCUGCUACUAAUGCAACGGAUUCCAUCAGAACUUCGCCUUCGCGGAAUCUAAGGAGGAGGAAGGAUGAAGGUGGUAAGUUUGUGACGACGGUGGCGGCGCCGCAAAUGGGGAAUCUGGAUCUUCCGCCGGAAGAUGGGUAUACAUGGAGGAAAUAUGGGCAGAAGGAAAUCCUUGGAUCAAAAUAUCCUAGGAGUUACUACCGAUGCACCCAUCAAAAAUUCUACAAUUGCCCGGCAAAGAAGCAAGUGCAGCGUUUGGACCACGACCCCUUCACCUUCGAGCUCACCUAUCGCGGGACCCACACCUGCCACCUGUCCUCCACCGCCCCUUCCGCCCCCACCCCCUUGCCGGAGCAAACCCUCCCACGGCCGGUCACCUCCCUCCCCCUCUCCUCCUCCCUCGCCAACACCUCUCACUGGCUCUCCAUGCACAUCACUACUGCCGGCGCCAGCACCAGCACCAGCGCUGCCCGUUUCCCCGCGGACUGCCAGCUUCCGGUGGCGGACAUGGCCGACGCCAUGUUCAACUCCGGCAGCAGCAGCAGCAGCAUGGAUCUCAUCUUCUCCUCCAUGGAUGACAAGUGGGAUUCUGAGGUCAAGAAAGGUUAAUUCAAUUUUGAUGAAAUACUACUAUGAUUUAAUUGACAAAAAAAAACGAAAUUAAUUUGGGCUAAUUAUAUUUGAUUGAUCGGAAAUUGAUCAUUGUCACAAAAAUUGUC